UGGGAGGAGUGAAAUAGAGGAAGAGGAACCACGAGCACACAGCAUGAGUCUGUCUGGAGGAACAGCUAGAUGUUGGAAACAGUUCAAUCAAGAUUUGAUAAACUCAGCAAGGGCCUAUACCUGUUCAGAUCUCAGCAGUAUUCUUGGAGAUGCCGUGGAACCGUGUCUCUACAGGUGGACUGCUGUUUGUUUAAGACAGAAGACGGAGAGAAGCUUUGCUUUUUAGAUAGAAAGCAUCAUCGAGAUUGCCUUCACUACUAUUCCAGCAUCAGCACUGAACAUUAGACUGGGUGUGCAAGUCUGACCAUGCAGUCAGCUGGACUGGAACAAGAAGACUCUUUCGAUUUCUUGUUCAAGAUUAUUCUCAUUGGAGACACAGAUGUUGGAAAAACAUCUGUGAUUCAGAGAUUUAAGACUGGGAUGUUCUCUGAGAGACAGCAGAGCACUAUUGGAGUGGAUUUCAUUGUUCGCACCGUCAAUAUCCAGGGCAGAAAAGUAAAGAUGCAGGUUUGGGACACAGCAGGGCAAGAACGUUUCCGCACCAUCACACAGAGCUACUACCGCAGUGCACAUGCAGCUAUGAUCACCUAUGAUAUUACUCGCAGAUCAACGUUUAAUUCUGUACCACAGUGGAUCCAAGAGAUGGAGCAGUAUGGAGCUGCCAAUGUCCUGCUGGCCCUUAUAGGUAACAAGUGUGACAUGGAGUCUGAGAGACAAGUUGAGUUUAAUGAAGCAUGCACACUAGCAAAUCAGAAAGGAAUUGUAGUUGCACUGGAAACCUCAGCGAAGGAAGCCCAGAAUGUGGAUCAGGCCUUCAUCGUGAUGGCACGUGAGCUCCUGGCAUGUAACGGACUGGCUGUGAGAGAGGACGGUUAUCACAUGGAUUCUCGACGCAUAUUACUACGUUCCAACACCAAAACCAUUGAGAGCCCCACAAACACAGUGGAGAAAAAGACAUGCGAGUGCUAACAGUGGAUUAAAAAAAAACAGCGUUUAAACAUCUGUCGAAAUUUUUGUUCAUGCUAUUCUAAAUCCUGUUGAUCUUUUAUUAUGAACAUUGUUCAAUCUAAGAGUGUGACAUAACCUUAUUACUGCUCAUUUUUUGGUAACAAGACUAAACAUUUAUUCUGCUUCUCCCCCUUAGACCCAAACUUCCUGAGGAUGCAAACCACAAUUCCUCAACAGUACUUUCAAUAGAAACAGUAAUUCUAACCAUACAGCUCACUGAUACACAUGACGCACAUGACGCAUUGGCUAUGAUACAUUAGUAAACCACAGCAUGUGAUUUACAAACAAAGUGAAAUGUAGGAUUUUAUAUCAGCUGGAUUCUAACAAAACAUUAUUUCCCCAACACUUUCUGUGACCUUACUUUUGUAAUAUAUAAACAUGCUUUUAACUGACUAGGACCAGCCCAGAUAAUUGAACAAGAUAAAUAAAGUUUACUGUACAAAUAAAGGAAAUGAUAAUGCUGAACAUGAGGGUAAUCCAUGGUCACUUCAGUUAUUCUUGCCUUUAAGGUACAUUUCGACAUGUUUCUGUAGACGCCACAAAGUGUUACGGGUUUUGAUGUGUAUGUUCUGCUAUGUUGACUGUGAUAAACUAAUUCCAUGUAGCAGUUUUUAUAGUAUGUGGCUUGCUUCAUUUACUGGACAAUAGUGCCCUUUGAUGUAGGGUAAAGUGUGUAAAUAUAUUACAUUAGAACCCCUUUAUAUUAGUUGCUAUAUUACAAAUAAACAGUCCAUACAAUGAGUUUUACAUUAUUAUAUUUUUAUCGUGUUCUCUAAAUAAAAAAAAUGCAGAGUAUAUACAACAGAGGAGCAAAGUCUUUUUUUUUUUUUUUUUUACAAUCACACACCUUUCUGGAAAGGGUCAACUAUAAAACUUGAAAAAAAAUUAACACAAACAUACAGGAUGUUUUUUUUAUUUACACAAAAAGAAUUUUUUUAAAAAAAGAUUUAUACAAGUGUAAAUUGAGAUUAAGUCAGGUGCAAAAAUUGAGAUCUGAAUCUACAGUAUUGUUCAAUGUAUUAAACAGGCCAUUAUACCUGAACUUGAACACAGUUGGAGAAGUAAGAACCCUGACUGAGCAUUUCACGAAUGUUACAUACAUUUCUAUGAAUAUAAAGAAGCACAGCUGCUUUGUUACCUGGUGCAUUUCUGCACUUGUAAAAUGCAGAGGAGUACUACAGAGAUCAGUCAUGGGGCCUUUUUAUUUUUUUAUUUUUUUGCAUGUAACCUAUUAGCAUCACCAUUGCCUAUUUUCUGCUUUCUGAUGUUUAGCACUUUAUAACUUUUUUUUUUUUUU